AUUUCGAAUAAGGCCUCACAUUUUGCCUCUUUUUAUUUUUUAUUUUUAUUUUUCUUUUUCUUUUUCUUUUUCCAAAUUAAAAUUUCUUUCUCUAACAGCAGACAUCUGUCAAAGAUUCUGUCUGAAUUUUGUUCAUUUCUCACCGUUUGCGAUCAUCAUUUCAAGCAUUCUGAGGGUUUUGUUGAUCCUUCAGAUUUCAUUUCAGAUCGCUGCAUUUGGGCUAUCUUGUAAUUUGGAAGUGAAAGGAUUUAUCAUUUGCGACGUGGGAAUCUGAAAAGCAUGAAAAUCUAGUGUUCUUGUGAUGACUUUAACAUGCAGACUGAGGCACAGGUCUCUUUAGACUGUCAGGCAGUCCCUCAUCCUGAAAAUAACGUUAUCAAGGAUGGAGAUCCUGGUGCACUCCCAUCAUCACCAAAUCAUGUUGCACCAAAGCCUGUUAAAAGGCAAACACGGCAAUGGGCUGCUUGGACACGUCAAGAGGAGGAAAGUUUCUUCACUGCAUUGCGACAAGUUGGCAAGAAUUUUGAGAAGAUUACUUGUCGUGUCCAAAGUAAAAACAAGGAUCAGGUUAGACAUUAUUACUAUCGUCUGGUGAGGCGUAUGAACAAGCUGUUAGGUCCAGGAUUCUCUCUGGAUGCAAAAAACUCUAAGGAUACUAAUGCUGCGAUGCUGCGAUGGUGGUCUUUACUGGAAAAAUAUAGCUGCAAAGCUUCAAAACUUCAUCUGAAACCCCGGAGGUUUAAGAUUUUCAUAGAAGCCCUGGAGCACCAACUAUUGAAAGACCGAAAAAAGAAUAUAAGAAAACGACCUUCCCAGGGGGGAAAUUGUUCUUCCACAGCUCCAAACACUGUCUCUAGUCAAAGCAGAGCAUCAGGAAAUGAGACUCGUGCUGUUAAACUGGUUCUAGUUGAGAGUCAAAAUGUUCAAAAAUUAGGACCUGGAAAAGGAUCUUCAUUGAAGCGGAAUGUCAAUGUAGGUGUUAACCGUAGCAACAGCAAAGGAGACUCAUCUGCCAUGAAAACAGCAAGACAACGACAGAAACCAGCUGCUGUUUCAUCAGCUGCAUAUAAAAGAUGGGAAAAAGCUGCAAUUGCUGGGGUUUCUCUGGUUGCUGAUGCUGCAGAGCAUUUGGAGCGAACAACUAAUGAUAAAGAGGUUGAACAUGACCAAAGUGCACCAGGGCAAAGGGGUUUUGAUGCUGUUGGAGAAGUUCUUCCCCCAGUUCCCACAUUUUCACAAAAUAUGUUUGUUAAAAGCAAUGUACAGACUUCUACGAAACUCAAGCUCCAGUUAUUCCCAAUUGAUGAAGGUACUCGAAGAGCCUUGGAAAUGGAUAAGCAUAAUCCUCACCUGGAGCUUACUUUAAGUACUCGUAAAAAAAUAUCAUCAGUUUUGGAACAUCUUACUCGCAAAUGGGGCAAUUCUGGCAUAGCAUCUGGAGAGUUGAUGCUUUUUCCUUACAGUGUUCAGAGGGGGAACCUAGCAGGUCAUCCGAGAUGGACUCAGGACUCCAGUGUCACUGCAGCAGAUGUAUAUGAAAUUAUUGGAAGUCCACCAGUUUUCCGUUUGAGGUAUGGCUGGUUUUCAAAUACUGAGAUUAGUUCUGUAGCAUUUCAAGCACCUUUAGCAUCCUGCACCAUUCUGGGUGAACAUAAUAUGGAAGUGAAUAAUAGGAAGAAACAGAUUAUGGAUUCAAGGCCAAUACAUGCACCACCACCAACCGAUCAUCAAUCUGAGAAACUUGUUGAACCUUGCAAGGAUCGAUCAACCUUAUUGACAGGUAACACUGUCGUACCCUCGUCCAAUAAUGCACAGGAAGAGAUGACCAGGUACGUCAAUGUAGCUUCCAACAGCAAUCUUAUGGAGUCCUCUGAGGCUGCUGCCAAUAUAUCAUGGCACCAAAGGGAGAGCGAAGAUGACAGUAUCAUGAUGCCACUAGAAGAAGUGGAUGACCUUAGAAUAAGCAGUAGUACUGCCCUAUCAACUGGAGAAUGGGCUGACAGCCUUACAAACAUAAGUGUUGGGGAUCUACUCGCAGACGUGUCUCAGGAGAUGGAUACCAGCUGCGUAAACCCACCUGUUUCUGGAAGCUCUCAAUAUCCUCAGCAGAUCCCCUUCAGUUGUGAUUCAUUUGAUGCUGCAAUUGCUGCUCAUAUAUCCAAACAUCAAGAUAAGACCAGCUUUCAAUCAGCUUUGGUAUCCCAUGCGCCUUCCAUCUGGGAUGCUGAAGAAACAUGUGAUGGCUUCUCAUUCCAAAAGAAUCCUGUUUUUCAUCAGGAGGUUCUUAGUUCAUCCAAAAUUGCUUCUCCAGGGGCUAGUGAACAGAUUGCUAGAAUUAAUUCAGUGGGCUCUGGCUGCUUGAUUGAGGAGUUGCCCAAUGUGGAGCGACUUUUGGAUGAUCCUGCUCAUGGAGACCUAAUGGAUGACAGUCCAUCUGAUCCUCACAUGCUGGAUAGUACUGCCAAGGAUCUCAGUGGGCUUGCAGAUAUAUACUGGCCUGACUCUUUAGGACCCUUAGAUUUGGAUAUACCUUCCUCUAGAUACCAUAACGAAGAUCUAAUCUUAAGCGAAAGCCUCAGUGGUUUGAAAAGCUUGAUAGCGAACAGUGUGGAUGCAUUUCAAAAUUGCUCCUUCUUCGGUUUGGACAAGAAAGAAGCUGCAUCAACAGUUGAAGCUCGAGAAACGGUCUCAUUUGCAGAUUUUAAAAUUGGCAGUGGAGUAUAACAUUUUACCCAGUUAGGAGCUCAGGGAUGACAUUCUCACAUCCAUCUUAUGCGCAGAAGUACAAGAAGCCUGAAAUUUGCCCUCAGAAACUUGUAGCUAAUUGCAUUUCAGCGUAGCGUGGCAAGAGAAUGGAAGGUGCUGUUACUUAUAAAAAAAAAACAAAAAAGAACAAAGAAAAGAAAAGCAAUGGAAGGUGCGAUUGCGAGCCAGGAGGACCUGAGAUCAGACUUGUGCUGAACAAUUACCCCUCUUCAUAAAAAUCUCCCCGUUGUUUGUACAAAAAUAGACAUGGAAAAAUUUCAUACAGAUUUUUAUGUGAAUUGCUGAUAAUUUUGAUACAUUUAUGUAAAUCGCAAUCUAGAAGCUGCUGAUGCGAGGGGCUGUUUAUAGUCUCAAAAGAUAUAAAUAAGGGUGACUGCUCUCUCAUUCAGUGCAGAUGCCAGAUUUAGAUGAUCGCUCCUAUGGCUCCCUCUGUAGCAGUCUUCUAAAAUAGCAUAGGCUGUGAGGGUGUUUGGAUGCAUUCUGUAGGAUGAUCUGACUUUAAAUAAUCCAAAAUUGUUUCCCAAC